CACACAACCCACCAUAGUUAAUUUCUUCACUAUCGUUACACAAAUCACAGCCAUGGCUGCAAAGUCUCCUUCUCUUCCCAUUCUCUCUAUUUUCCUUCUCCUUUUGUUCUUCAACUCGGGUGGUACUUUGAUGGUGGCAAGUGGACAGAAAACUUGGUGUGUGGCAAAGCCUUCAUCCACCUAUGAGGAGCUAAAAGACAACAUAGACUUUGCCUGCUCGCAUGUAAGCUGCGACAUUAUUAGAGAUGGGUGCCCCUGCUCCACCCCAUAUACUCCCAUCAACCAUGCCUCAGUUGUCAUGAAUCUCUACUACCAGCAAAUGGGGAGAAAUCAGUGGAACUGUGAUUUCAGAAACUCAGGCCUCAUUGCUGUGACCGAUCCAAGCUAUGAUGGUUGUCAGUACGAGUAUGCUUAGGAAUCGAUCAGUAUGUGUAUGAAGCUGCCAUGAAUUACUAGAUGUUCUGGAUUCAGUUUAUAUAUAAUAUAACCCAUGGAGAGGAGGCUCUCAUCCUCUCUUUUUUACCAUGAAUCUACUUCAUUUUUCUGUAGAGAAAUAUGAACUUAGUAUACUUAUUGACAUGGGAACUUUAGUCUGAAAUAACCUUGGGAGGUAGGAGUUCCAUGAACUUCACCUCUCAUGGACUUUAUACACAUCUUUUAAUGAAAAUACUGAGGUUUACAUC